GAAAAUAGCGGAAAUUGGCUGAGAAAAAAAAAAAAAGGAGACAGAGAAAAGAAGAAGAAAGCUCGAUUACUGAACGGUGGCGUUUGAUCGAGUGCACUUCUUCUCCGUCGCGUUUCAUUUCUAGGCCUUUGAUCUGAUAGAUUUCAAAACUUUUUCCCCCCAUCUUUUUGAUGAUUCUUCUUUAUUGAGGGAGAUCGAAAAUGUUGUCGUUGCAAAACGGAGUUGGGAUCUCUAGGGCCGCUCCGUACGGCGUUGGAGUUUUCGAUCGAGCUGAUGAAACCUCCGAUGCUGAGGCGGUAGCUGCUGGAAAAUCCGCCGUUUAUGCGCUGAAGCAGGAGCCGGCUUCUUCGUUCAGUAUUGUGCCUCAUAAUGGACAUGAUUCACAUGAAGUUGAUGAAGAUAUGCACUUGGCUCUAGCUCAUCAGAUGUACAAAUCUGGAAACUACAAACAAGCAUUGGAUCAUAGCAGUGCUGUUUACAAUCAAAACCCACUUCGCACUGAUAAUCUGCUUCUUUUGGGUGCUAUUUAUUAUCAGUUACAUAAUUAUGAUAUGUGCAUCGCCAAAAAUGAAGAAGCCCUUCGAAUCGAACCUCGUUUUGCAGAGUGCUAUGGAAACAUGGCAAAUGCUUGGAAGGAAAAAGGCGAUAUUGAUGUUGCCAUCCGGUACUAUAUGAUUGCAAUUGAGCUUCGACCUAACUUUGCUGAUGCAUGGUCGAAUCUAGCAAGUGCUUACAUGCGAAAAGGAAGAUUUAAUGAGGCUGCACAAUGUUGCCGUCAAGCACUGCAACUAAAUCCUCUUCUGGUUGAUGCUCAUAGUAAUCUUGGAAAUCUAAUGAAGGCACAGGGGCUGGUGCAAGAAGCAUACAGUUGCUAUCUUGAGGCUCUACGCAUACAGCCAACUUUUGCUAUUGCAUGGUCAAAUCUUGCGGGUCUUUUCAUGGAUUCGGGUGACUUAAAUCGAGCCCUUCAGUAUUACAAGGAAGCAGUUAAACUCAAACCCACAUUCCCUGAUGCCUAUUUAAAUCUUGGGAAUAUUUAUAAGGCUUUGGGAAUGCCUCAGGAAGCUAUUGUCUGUUAUCAGCGUGCUGUUCAGACUCGGCCGAACAAUGCAAUAGCUUUGGGGAACCUGGCUAGUACAUACUAUGAGCGAGGUCAACUGGAUCUGGCAAUCCUCCAUUAUAAGCAAGCCAUUGCUUGUGAUCAAAGAUUUUUGGAGGCUUACAAUAAUUUGGGAAAUGCUUUGAAAGAUGUUGGUCGUGUUGAUGAGGCAAUACAAUGUUAUAAUCAAUGUCUCACUUUGCAACCUAAUCAUCCGCAAGCACUUACCAACCUCGGGAACAUAUAUAUGGAAUGGAACAUGGUUGCUGCUGCUGCUUCUUAUUAUAAGGCUACGUUGUCUGUUACAACUGGCUUGUCUGCUCCAUUCAACAACCUUGCCGUAAUCUAUAAGCAACAGGGAAAUUACGUGGAAGCUAUAUCAUGUUACAAUGAGGUAUUGCGGAUUGAUCCCUUGGCAGCUGAUGGGCUCGUAAAUAGGGGUAACACUUACAAGGAGAUUGGUAGAGUGACUGAAGCAAUUCAAGAUUAUAUUCGUGCUAUUAAUAUCCGCCCAAAUAUGGCUGAAGCUCAUGCAAAUCUGGCUUCUGCUUAUAAGGAUAGUGGACAUGUCGAGGCUGCUAUCAAAAGCUAUAAGCAGGCAUUGCAUCUUCGACCAGAUUUUCCUGAAGCUACUUGUAAUCUCCUACAUACGUUACAGUGUGUGUGCAGCUGGGAGGAUCGUGAUCAAAUGUUUACCGAAGUUGAAGGCAUUAUCCGAAGGCAGAUUAAUAUGUCAGUUCUUCCUAGUGUGCAACCUUUCCAUGCUAUAGCAUAUCCUAUUGAUCCCAUGCUUGCCCUAGAUAUAAGUCGUAAAUAUGCUGCUCAUUGCUCCAUGGUUGCAUCUCGUUUUGCUCUUCCUCCAUUCAAUCAUCCUGCACCGAAUCGAAUCAAGGGUAAUGGCGGAAAUGAGAGACUAAAGGUUGGUUAUGUCAGCAGUGACUUUGGCAAUCACCCCUUGUCACACCUCAUGGGAUCAGUAUUUGGAAUGCACAACAGAGAGAACGUUGAGGUAUUUUGCUAUGCCUUGAGCCAAAAUGAUGGCACUGAAUGGAGACAGCGUAUCCAGUCUGAAGCCGAGCAUUUUAUCGAUGUCUCUGCCAUGUCAUCAGAUGUGAUUGCCAAAAUGAUUAAUGAGGAUGGAAUACAAAUACUUAUCAACCUCAAUGGUUAUACCAAGGGUGCAAGGAAUGAAAUUUUUGCCAUGCAGCCUGCACCUAUACAGGUUUCAUAUAUGGGAUUUCCUGGGACUACUGGGGCAGAUUAUAUUGAUUACUUGGUCACUGAUGAGUUUGUUUCCCCUUUGUGCUAUUCACAUAUUUAUUCAGAGAAGCUUGUCCAUCUCCCACAUUGCUACUUUGUGAAUGAUUAUAAGCAGAAAAAUCGUGAUGUGUUGGAUCCAACAUGUCAGCACAAGCGAUCUGAUUAUGGUCUUCCAGAAGAUAAAUUUAUUUUUGCAUGCUUCAACCAAUUGUAUAAAAUGGAUCCUGAAAUCUUUAACACUUGGUGUAAUAUUCUUAAGCGUGUACCUAAUAGUGCACUUUGGCUCCUCAAAUUUCCAGCUGCUGGAGAAAUGAGGCUGAGAGCAUAUGCUGCCGCACAAGGGGUACAGCCAGAGCAAAUUAUUUUCACAGAUGUGGCCAUGAAACAUGAGCACAUCAGACGCAGUGCUUUAGCUGAUCUCUGUCUUGACACGCCUUUAUGCAAUGCACAUACUACUGGCACGGAUGUGUUAUGGGCUGGUUUACCAAUGGUAACUCUACCCCUUGAGAAAAUGGCAACAAGGGUUGCUGGAUCACUUUGUUUAGCCACUGGAUUGGGGGAGGAUAUGAUUGUAAACAGUAUGAAGGAAUAUGAAGAACAGGCGGUCACAUUGGCAUUAAACAGACCAAAACUCCAGGCUCUGACCAAAAAACUCAAGGAAGCUCGUUUAACUUGCCCGCUUUUUGACACAGCACGCUGGGUACGAAAUCUGGAGAGAGCAUAUCUGAAAAUGUGGAAUCUGUAUUGCUCAGGGCAGCAGCCACAGCACUUCAAAGUCACUGAAAAUGACUUUGAUUUCCCUUAUGAUAGAUAGAUAGGAAGCAAGAGGGAUUGUAGAUAAGAAUCAAGAGAAUAUAGAAGAAAAGAUAUUCCGACCUUAGUGAGGAAGGAAUCGUUUUAGAGUCCUACUAUUAUUCGUUGAGAUAUAUAUUCCCGAUAUUUUUAUGCUCAGAUGCAACAAAAUCUUUGCAGUGCCUUAAAAAUAUGUUUAAAACAAGUGGCUAAGACUAGAGUUUGGGUUAAGAUGAAAUGAAGUUUCCUGCUUUUAUUUGCCUGGUUGAA